UACGCUCUCCUCACCUUCCCCCCCUCCCGUGCUUGCAGCCUCAAAGUGCAUCUUCUCGAGUCGCAAGUGAAGACUGUGGAGUAAAAAAUGAAAAUCUCACUGCUUUAUAUGGGACAUGGAGGAGCCAGUGGGUGAUAUACCUAACACCAACGGGUGUGGAUAUACUCAGUGUUCUACCUACUUUAGGGUAAUGCCUGUGUUACCUUCUCAGGAUGUAAAGUGAAGUUCGUGGAAACCAGCGCGCGGGUUCAUCAGAAGGCAGAGAGUCGGGAAGAGAAAGAGGCCCUCGAGAAGUAAGAUGGAUCGUAGAGAGGACAGAGGGAGAGGAGGCGCGAGAGGCCAAGAGGACGAGUGAGAGGUUUGCCACGAGAGGCGUCUUGGGGCGCCAGGAUGCACUUUUGGAUGGACAAGCGGACGGUCUGCGGCCAGCUUCGUGCCCCGCCCCUCUGGUCUCCGCGACCCUACUUCCCUAAGCCACGUCACGCCCAUGUCACGCCCCCGCAAAGAUUUCAUCGCUUUGACUCCAUGUUGAUAGACUCUCGGCCUCGCAGUGAGGGCCGCUGCACCCGCUGUUCCCGCACAGGCCCCGCCAUGGGCUCCUCCUCGCACACGCCCUCCGACGACGAUGACGACCUGGCCGCCCGCGCCCACCUUGCCGACUCCGCCCUCGGCACCUCCGCCCCGGGGGAGGAGGUGCGCCUCACGCGCCUUAACGUCCCCACAGACAGCUCCUCCCGCAGGACGUCCGCCAACUCCUCGUCCAUGUACUCCCGCACGCCCGACAACUUCAACCUGUUCCGCAUGGGCGGGAUCAACUGGUGCGUGUGGAUGGCCUUCGUCAUCAUCACGCUUCUGCUCGUGCCCGCUCACCUCUAUCUCAAGAACUUCGAUUACAGAGGAGAGCUCAUUGGGAUAUUCUUUGUGAUCAUUCUGCUUUUCCUCGUGUGUUUCUCCGUGUCCCUGUUCCACACGAAGACCCGCGCCAUCCUCCUGCACCGGCUCAACCUCGAGGACGACGCGCGCAGCUGUCCCAUGGACUCGGAGACCGCGUCGCCCGCCCGCCGCCGUCCCUUCUUCCCGUCGGGCAACGCAGCGCACAGCCGCCUGGCCCGCCACGCCGCCCGCUCGCCCGUGCGCGUGUCGAGGUCCACGCCCGACCUGCUCAUCAACGGACAGACUGCGGACGCCGCGGCUCGGUCCCUCGCCCAGGAGGCGCGGAGGAACCACCACGCCAGCAGGAGCGUGAGGAGAGGAGAGGCCCCCGACGGCACCGGCGACCCGCCCCCGUACCACGUGGCCAUCAUGCUGCCGGCGCCCACGCACUCCUCGCCCGUGCGCAACUGCGAGACUCCGCCGCCCGCCUACGAGGUCGUCCAGUGAUCUAGGGGCGCGAGGGGCGCUGGAGUCCGGCGGGGCACGUGGGUAUCGAAUCCGUUAUAUUUUAUAGUGAACUGAAGGCUUUAAUAUGACUGAGAACAAAAAAAAAUCCAGGAUUGUUGAAUAGAAUAAAUACAUCAAAGAAAACAUAUACUUCCUGUAUCUUGUGAUAUUAUAUGCUGUUACUACUCCGUCUUGCAGUAAUCAGACAAGGCUUUGAUAUGAAACACAAUCCUCACGAACUUACCUAGAAUUCGAGUGAACAUAAAAACAAAAUACUUCAGUGAUGUUUAGCCGUUGAUAGGCCUACAGUGUUUCGGUAGACUUUUUUGCAACCUAAAUAUCUGUAGUUAACCCAUAGGUAUUUGCUAUAGUAGCCUUAAGUUCUUGCACAUCACAGUGCAAGAGAAGCAAAUAACUGAAACAGAGUAACGUGUAGUGAUACGGAUUCUUCAGAUGGAUAUGUUGAGACAAAAUGCUGUAUUUGUGAGUAGUCAACAGGUACGUCUCGUCUUAAAGAUUUGGUUCCCUGCAGUAUUAUCACCAUUUGUUAACCUCCCCGAGGUCUGUGAUGACUUAUACAAUAAAUUGCUAUCAGCUCAAUAUGUAAAAGUUCAAAACGAGAUAUUGUCAUGAAAUAAAGACAGACAUUUGCAUGAAUGAUAGGGUGAAGAGUUUUGGUGUAAAUCAAAUUGAUAAAAAAGCAAAAUGUUUUGACAUACAGUUUUCAGUCACUGCCUAGUUUGGUGAGCUGAAUAUAGCUUCAGUGAGUUAUGGGGUUAUGUACAAGCAUAUAUGUCCGAAAAUAUGUUCACAGAUGCACACGUGUACACAACACUCAGCCGUGCUCUAGUUAACGUUUUUUCCCAUGCAUGCGUGUGUAUGUGUGAGUGCGUAUGGAAAAAAAAAUGAUAAAAUGAGAUACCUACUUUGCUUGUUCUGUUUGCAAAUUCCUCUGAACCAUUUCCAUAAACCGACAUUCC